AUGUUGUUCAUGCUUUUAUUGAUAAUAGUGUUUGCAAUUUCACAGUCUUAUGUUAACGUUGCCCUAAAUAAACAAGCAUACCAACAGUACCCAUACAUACCAGGUAACGACACGUAUGACGCCAGUAACGCUGUGGACGGACGUAAAACUGACCUGAGCAUGGAAGGUGGUCAGUGUGCUGUAUCAUAUAGCGUAAGAACCGCCACCUGGUGGGUGAACCUGACCAGCAUCCACAGUAUACAUCACAUCACUAUCUACUUCAGGACGAACAACGACGGUAUAGUCACAUUUGAUCAUCUUGGAUUCUCUGUGUAUAUCUCUAAUACCACGAAUAAAUCACAGGGGACGUUGUGUUUCAAGGAUAACAACUUUACAAAAAACACAAUACCUCCUGUCUUCACAACAAACUGUUCUGUCCAUGGACAAUAUGUCAUCUACUACAACGAGAGACUACCAGGAGUCGCCUACCCUGACGGUUAUGAUAGUUUUGUAACGAUUGAACUCUGUGAAGUAGAGGUGUAUGGGUGUCCAGUAACAGGGUUUUACGGAUCUAACUGCUCCAUUCCCUGUCCAGACGUUAACUGUCAGUACUGUCACAUAGAGACGGGCUAUAGCCAGUGUUGUAAACCUGGAUACCAAGGUCAUCACUGUGAAUUAGCUUGUCCACGUGGUUAUUUUGGAAAUGAUUGUACUGAAAAAUGCAAUGACACAUGUUCCGGAUGUAAUAAUGUGAAUGGCGUUUGCGACUCUGGAUGCAUCCCUGGCUGGAAAGGUUAUCACUGCAACGAAGAAUGUGACACAGGAUCGUAUGGUAUUAGAUGCAAUGAAACAUGUGGACACUGUCUUGAUGUAAGCCAAUGUUCCCAUAUCAAUGGGACAUGCUUAACUGGAUGUGAAGCUGGUUUUAAAGGGGACGUAUGUAAAACAGAUUGUGACAGUGGUUCAUACGGCGUUGACUGCAAAGAAAUUUGUGGAAACUGUCUCAAUGAAAGUCAAUGUUCUCAUAUCAAUGGAACAUGCUUCACCGGAUGCAAUGCUGGCUACGAGGGGGACUUGUGUAAAACACAAUGCAAUAGAGGAUCUUAUGGAUAUGGAUGCAAUGAAACAUGCGGGCACUGUAGAAACAAAAACUAUUGCUUUCCGAUUAAUGGUACUUGCUUAACUGGAUGUGAUGUUGGCUAUGAAGGAGCCUUAUGUAAAACACAAUGUGAUAAAAGAUCGUAUGGUAUUGGAUGUAAUGAAACAUGUGGACACUGUCGUGAUGUAAGCCAAUGUUCCCAUAUCAAUGGGACAUGCUUAACUGGAUGUGAAGCUGGUUUUAAAGAUGACGUUUGUAAAACAGAUUGUGACAGUGGUUCAUACGGUGUUGACUGCAACGAAAUUUGUGGAAACUGUCUCAAUGAAAGUCAAUGUUCUAAUAUCAAUGGUACAUGCUUCACUGGAUGCAAUGCUGGCUACGAAGGAGACUUGUGUAAAACACAAUGCAAUGGAGGAUCUUAUGGAUAUGAAUGCAAUGAAACAUGCGGCCACUGUAGAAACAAAAGCUAUUGCUUUCCGAUUAAUGGUACUUGCUUAACUGGAUGUGAUGCUGACUAUGAAGGAGCCUUAUGUAAAACACCAUGCAACAAAGGAUGUUAUGGUGUCGCCUGCAAUGAAGAAUGUGGACAUUGUCGUGAGGUAAACCAAUGCCACCAUAUAAAUGGUACAUGUUUAACUGGAUGUGCUGCUGGCUUUAUGGGGAAUCUCUGUAAAACAGCUUGCUCUCGUGGGUUUUUUGGGGAAGACUGUUCUAGGAAAUGCAUCGACAUGUGUGCAGGAUGUAAUACUAUCAAUGGUUUGUGUGAAUAUGGAUGCAUUCCUGGCUGGAAAGGAUACUUCUGCAUCGAAGAAUGUGACAAAGGGUCGUAUGGUCUUGAAUGUAAUGAUACAUGUGGACACUGUCGGGAUACAAACCAAUGCUCCAAUGUCAAUGGAACUUGCUUAACCGGAUGUGAUGCUGGUUAUGAAGGGGACUUAUGCAAAACACACUGCGUCAAAGGAUCGUAUGGUAUUGGAUGUAACGAAACAUGUGGACACUGCCGUGAUUUAACCCAAUGCUCCAAAGUCAAUGGCUCUUGUUUAACUGGAUGUGCUGCUGGUUAUAAAGGGGACUUUUGUAAAUCACGAUGUCCAGAAACAGGGUUUUACGGAUCUAACUGCUCCCUUCCGUGUCCAGACGUUAACUGUCAGUACUGUCACAUAGAGACGGGCACCUGUCAGGGAUGUAAACCUGGGUACCAAGGUCAUCACUGUGAGUUAGGGUGUGCCAGCGGUUUAUACGGCGUUGACUGCAAAGAAAUUUGUGGAAACUGCCGUGAUAUUGACCAAUGCUUUCAUAAAAACGGAAAAUGCUUAACUGGAUGUGCUGAUGGUUACCAGGGAGACUUGUGUACAAGUACAUCUUGCCCACUUGGGUUUUUUGGAAAAGACUGCAUUAAGAAAUGCAAGGAAACAUGUCUAGGGUGUAUAAAUGUCAAUGGUUUAUGUGCUGCUGGGUGUCUACCGGGCUGGAUAGGAAACUUUUGCGAUAAAGGUGCAUUUACUAUAUUUUCUAACUGUUGA